AUGGAUCCGGAACUCUUCGAAGAAAUGGAGGUGACGACCAGUCGAUCACUAGCCACCACUCUCUUCCCUGGACACGGCAAUAUCACGCAGAAUGCCACCGACUUGAACAUGUUCUUUUUCUAUGAUUAUAUUCAGUUUCCGGUGAUGUGGCUGCUCUUCGUGUUGAUCGUUCUCCUAAACGCAUCAGUGAUAGCUGCACUGCUCUGUACUAAUGCGAGGAAAAGUCGAAUGAAUUUCUUCAUAAUGCAACUCGCGAUUGCUGAUCUGAUGGUUGGCCUGUUAUACGUGUUUGUGGAUAUACUGCAGAAGAUAACAAUCGCUUGGCUGGCUGGAGAGUUUAUGUGCAAAUUCGUCAAAUUUUUACAGGCAGUAGUCAUGUAUGCAUCAACAUAUGUACUUGUCGCGUUAAGUAUAGAUCGGUGCGAUGCUAUCACCAACCCAAUGAAUUUCUCAGGAAGCUGGAAUCGCGCGCGUGCUCUUAUCGCAGCAGCUUGGAUCAUCAGCAUCAUUUUCUCCAUCCCUAUAUUAAUUCUAUACGAAGUAAAGGAAAUGCAAGGUCAACUCCAGUGCUGGAUCGACCUGGGCACGCCACAGCGGUGGCAGGUCUGGGUCACUUUGGUAGCUGCCAUGAUUUUUGUGCUGCCAGCUUUAGCUAUCGCAGCCUGUUACGCUGUGAUAGUUCUCACCAUCUGGACCAAGAGCAAAGCGGUGGUCAUGUCCCCACCAGUUAAUUCUAGAAGAUCCAAGAAUAUGAGAAACGGACAGGUGGAAUGCGACCCAGAUUCCCGCCGUGCCAGCUCUCGCGGCUUAAUACCGCGAGCCAAGAUUAAAAGCGUCAAAAUGACAUUUGUUAUUGUUUUUGUGUUCGUUCUCUGCUGGUCACCGUACAUCGUGUUCGAUCUUCUCCAAGUAUACCAUCACAUACCUCCGACACAGACCAACCUGGCAAUCGCUACCUUCAUCCAAAGUCUCGCGCCACUCAAUUCAGCAGCUAACCCAUUGAUAUGCUGCAUGUUUUCUCCGCAUAUAUACAGUAGUUUAAGGCGCGUUCCUCCUUAUCGGUGGCUAUGGUGUGGACAAAAACGAAAGCGUCACACGCGUGGUACAUUGCGGUCGCGGUCGGACUCCACAGCCAACUCGGAUCUCCUUAGUUCCACACAUGCAAGGAGAUCACACACUAUAGCUACGGCAUUAAACCGCACAUGCAGUAGCAGUAUCCCAAGAACAGAACAGCGGCGCACGCAGCUUCUGGUUCUCUUGCCUUCCAAGGACUGA